UGAGUAUCGGUAGUGAUUUCGAGGCUCAGUACCGCUGAUGACAUCCGUGAUGGCAGAGGCAAAUCACCUCCCAGGGGCUGUUUAAUAUGCUCCCCGUCCAGAGCAUAAGGGCACCAUUGGACCAGUCUCAAAAUGACCACCGGCUUCAGCUCCGGUUCUUGCCGAUUCGCAGAUUAUUUUGUGAUCUGCGGACUCGACACCGAAAGCGGACUGGAGCCCGACGAACUGUCCGCUUUAUGCCAGUAUAUAGAAGCUACUAAAUUCAGAGAUGGGGCGCGUGGCAAACUAGCAAGGGGAAAUGAAGGUGAGAAUUUUGAGCAGAGUCCACUGCGACGAACUUUUAAAUCCAAAGUUUUAGCACAUUAUCCAGACAAUGUGGAAUGGAAUCCAUUUGACCAGGAUGCUGUGGGGAUGCUCUGUAUGCCAAAGGGUUUGUCGUUUAGGACACAGGUGGACACUCGAGAGCCCCAGUUUCACUCAUUUAUCAUCACCAGAGAGGAUGGCUCUCGGACCUAUGGCUUUGCCCUCACCUUCUUCGAGGAGGUGACCAGCAAGCAGAUCUGCAGUGCAAUGCAGACUCUUUACCACAUGCACAAUGCAGAGCAGUAUGACAUCUUGCACACUCCCACAUCUCCCAAACCUCCUAAAGGACUAGAGGAGCCACGGCAGAGGCCCAUUCUGCAGGCCGCCCCUGCCAUCUCCCGCCUACAGCGCUUCAACUCCUACGACAUCAGCCGUGACACUCUGUUCGUCUCUAAAUGCAUAUGUCUAAUAACACCAAUGGCUUUUGCCCAGGCCUGUAGGAAGGUGCUAGAGCAGCUGUACCAGGCAGUGUCCUCUCCGCAGCCUCCUCCUCUGCCUUUAGAAAGUUACGUCUUCAACAUACUCUAUGAGGUGCCCCUGCCUCCAUCUGGACGCUCGCUGAAGUUUUCGGGGGUGUAUGGACCUGUGGUGUGCCAGCGGCCCAGCACUUCUGAGCUGCCACUGUUUGACUUCGCCAUUGGGGAGGUGUUUGAGCUGCUGGGAGUGGAGAACAUACUUCAGCUCUUCACAUGUGCGCUGCUGGAGAUGCAAAUACUACUUUAUUCACAGCAUUACCAGAGACUGAUGACGGUGGCAGAAAGCAUCACAGCCUUAAUGUUCCCCUUCCAGUGGCAGCACGUUUAUGUUCCCAUUUUGCCUGCCUCGCUUCUCCACUUUUUGGAUGCACCUGUGCCGUAUCUGAUGGGGCUGCACUCCAACGGACAGGACGACCGCACUAAACUAGAGCUGCCUCAAGAGGCUAAUUUAUGUUUUGUCGACAUUGACAACCACUUCAUUGAACUACCAGAGGAGCUACCUCAGUUUCCCAACAAACUGGAGUUUAUCCAAGAGAUCUCUGAGAUCCUUAUGUCAUUUGGCAUUUCUCCAGAAGGACGUCCACACUCCAGCGACAGCCAGCCCAAAUACAGAGGCCUGCGCUCAGUGGAUGUGGUUUCAGACAAGCGCAAUGGCAACUUGGCAUCACCACUCAACUCCUACCUGCUGAGAGAGAAUGAAACUAUCGCCAGGCUUCAGGCGUUGGUGAAGAGAACAGGAGUCAGCCUGGAGAAGCUGGAGGUUCGGGAGGAUGCCAGUGGGAUCAGAGAUGCUCGGGCUCAUUGUGAUGAGGAGGAACUGAAGAUGCAUCAGCUCAACAUCCAUGUUCGGGAAGUCUUCGCCAACCGUUUCACUCAGAUGUUUGCAGACUACGAGGUGUUUGUCAUCCAGCCAAGCCAAGACAAGGAGUCCUGGUUCACCAACCGGGAUCAAAUGCAGAACUUUGACAAGGCCUCCUUCCUCUCAGACCAACCAGAGCCGUACCUGCCCUUCUUGUCCCGAUUCCUUGAGACUCAGAUGUUUGCGUCGUUCAUUGACAGUAAAAUCCUCUGUCAUGAUGAUGAGGAGAAAGAACACACACUGAGGGUGUUUGACUCGCGGGUUGAUAAAAUACGCAUGUUAAACGUUCGCACGCCCACUCUACGCACUUCCAUGUACCAGAAAUGCACCAACAUCGAAGAAGCAGAAAAAGCCAUUGAAAUGAGAGUCCACAAGAUUGAUCACACUGCCCUGCACCCACAUUUGCUCGACAUGAAGAUUGGACAGGGCCGCUAUGAGCAGGGCUUCUUCCCUCGACUCCAGUCCGAUGUACUCUCUUCUGGGCCCACUACCAACAAGUGGACCAAGAGGAGUGCUCCUGCCCAAUGGAGGAGAAGAGAUCGGCAGAAGCAGCAUGCAGAGCACCUUUAUUUAGAUAAUGACCAGAGAGAGCAUGUAGAGUGUUUGUUUCCGGAGCUGCAGCUCUUGCUGUUUCUCGACUACUACUGGCUCUCUCAAUCCUUCAGGCCCUGUUUAAAGUCGGUCUCUGUGGAUGUGAAAUAUAUUCAAGAAGCUAGAAAUCUGGGCACUACCAUCAGACAACCCAAACUGUCCAACUUGUCACCUUCUGUCAUUGCUCAGACUAACUGGAAAUUUGUUGAAGGGCUACUAAAGGAGUGCAGGAACAAGACUAAACGUAUGUUAGUUGAGAAGAUGGGACGGGAAGCGGUGGAGUUGGGUCACGGAGAGGUCAGCAUUACAGGGGUGGAGGAGAACACCUUGAUUGCCAGUCUUUGCGAUUUAUUGGAGAGAAUCUGGAGCCAUGGACUGCAGGUUAAACAGGGCAAGUCUGCUUUGUGGUCCCACCUGCUGCACUACCAGGAGAGCAAAGAGAAGAGCGCUACUCCAGGAGGUUUGGGGCCCUCAGGUUUUAUCCACGACACAGAGAGGCGUAAAUCUGACGGAGGAGUGUCAGCCAUGCCCCCCCUUAAAAUCUCUCUCAUUCAGGACAUGAGGCACAUUCAGAACAUCAGUGAAAUCAAGACGGAUGUGGGAAAAGCCCGGGCCUGGGUUCGCCUCUCAAUGGAGAAAAAGUUACUUUCCAGACACCUAAAACAACUGCUUUCAGAUCAUGAGCUCACUAAAAAAUUAUACAAACGUUAUGCCUUCCUGCGUUGUGACGAUGAGAAAGAGCAGUUUCUUUAUCACCUUCUCUCCUUCAAUGCAGUGGACUACUUCUGUUUCACCAAUGUCUUUACUACAAUCAUGAUCCCAUACCAUGUUGUCGUCAUCUCCAGUAAGAAGUUAAGUGGGUCCAUGUUCACAGCUAACCCCUGGGUGUGUGUCUCUGGGGAACUGGCUGAGACUGGUGUUUUGCAGGUCCCUAGGAAUACUUUGGAAAUAACUUUUGAGUGUCAGAAUCUGGGAAAACUGACCACAGUGCAAAUGGGUCACGAUAACUCAGGGCUCUACGCUAAAUGGCUUGUGGAGUGUGUUUUGGUCCGCAAUGAAAUCACAGGACAUACAUACAAAUUUCCUUGCGGUCGGUGGUUGGGCAAAGGCGUGGAUGAUGGGAGUCUAGAAAGGAUUCUUGUUGGAGAGCUUAUGACCCCAAGCACUGAAAACGAUGAAAGAUUGUGCCGCACUCCUCCAAUGCAACAGUCGCCUGGCAUGAUGAGAAGGUUUGUCACCAUCUCGCCAAACAGUAAACCAAAGCUAAAUACAGGGCAGAUCCAGGAGGGAGUUGGAGAAGCCAUCAAUGGGAUUGUGAAGCAUUUCCACAAGCCGGAAAAGGAGAGGGGCAGUUUAACUCUUCUACUGUGUGGAGAAUAUGGCCUUGUCUGGGCUCUGGAGCAAGUUUUCCAGCAUGGAUUCAAAUCACCUCGUCUAUUUAAAAAUGUCUUUAUCUGGGACUUUUUAGAAAAAUCCCAAGUUUAUUUUGAAAGUGCUGAACAGAGAGAGGUGAAUCCAGAUGAAAACUGGCAGAGCAGAGUGCGCCACUUUUGUCGUUUUAUGCGUGCCAUCAACAGCACUCCUAGAAAUAUUGGCAAAGAUGGGAAGUUUCAAAUGCUGGUCUGCCUUGGAGCCAGGGAUCACUUGCUGCAUCACUGGAUAGCGUUGCUGGCAGACUGUCCGAUCACCACUCAGAUGUACGAGGAUACUGCACUGAUCAAAGACCGGACAUUGGUGAACUCUCUGAUCAGGGUGCUUCAGACUCUGCAGGAGUUUAAUAUUACCCUGGAGGCAUCACUCGUCAAAGGUGUGGGUAUCUAAACCAAACCAACUCCCCAACAGUCGCAUCAGGAACAUACAACUUGAUACAAGGCAUAUAUGAAACUUUUUAUGCAGGAUCAGACUUGAACAAAGGACAUUUCUGGCUUAUAUUAAAGCUACUGUUACAUUUGCCAUAUAAUAAGUGCAAUGAGCCUUUCAACAUAUGUUGAUAUUUUUAUCCUGAAUGAUGUUGCCAUUAGAUGUUAUAAUAUGUUUUCUAUUAUGACCAUUUUCACAUUACUGACAAUGACCUUGUGCUAUAAUGUUGAAAGCUAAAUAUUUUCUUUGUUAUUGUGAACUGCUGAUAAUGGUUCUAUUUAAGGGAAAGUGAGAAUCAAAUGGUUUAUAUUUUUCAGAUAAAACAGUAUUAUUUUGUUAAAUCUGUCAAGUUGCUUGCUCUGUUGUAAACUCAGAUUCCAAUGUCAUAUUGCAGAGCAUAAAGCAAGUGAUGUAGUAUGCUUUAUAAGUAUGUGUAUGACGGGGCUUUGUGGUAAAAUAGCAUUCACCUACCUUUAUAGGAAUGACAUUUAUUUUACGGUUUGGGAAAAUGCCAAUAUUUUAUUAUUUGCUGUGAAUGAAGAUCAUGCAUGAGUAUGACAUAGCAGACUUUUCUCCAACAGCAGACAUUGUGUUUGGUUAAAAGGAAGCGAGGAUCCCAAUUAACUGGUCUGUCACCCCACCCAGGUUUUUAUGGAUCAUAUUGAUAACCUUAUUGUAAAUAUCUUUGGACAUCUUUUGCCCUUAUCACACAAUGUUCCCUUACACUACAUGUAAGCCUACCCAGCUCAUACCUGGAAGAAAAUGACAUGCUUUUUGUGACCAUGUUUUUCCUCACUGGUCUCAUCAUCAUAGUUUCUUGCUAUGCAAAAUCUGUAAAACAAAAUCAAAGUUAUCACUAUAACACCACAAAGAGUUACUACUGGGCCCUUUCUCUUAUAAUGGACUGUACAGAACAAGAAAUAAUGGUAUGUGAAGGACUUCUUUCUGUGCCAACAAUGUCUGAAAUGACUGUGUUGUGCCCAUCUGUGUACAGUCCAUGAGCAUCUUGGAAGAUUUAUAUUUUUGUUUUCAAAAACUGUUGUACAUUUAUUGACAUGUGUAAUGUAGUGUUUACUAAGUGUACAGUGUAAAAAUGUACUAAAAUAAAGCAUCUGAAAUGCUAAA